AUCACAUGGAUUGUUCCGUUUGACCCACACGGAAGUUGCUGCUGAAACUCAAUCCAGGUAUUCUCUAUUACUCUAUGGAGCAUCCCAGUGGAGACGAUGACCUUUGCUCAACCACAACUGCCGCAAGUCAAUACCCUCUUUCUAUUGCCAAAAUGUUUCAGUUGGCAUUAGAUUAUCAAAGAAAUUUGUCUCUGAGUUCAUAGCCCUCAGAAAAAUCAAAGUUGAAUCCAAAUGUUAAGAUAAGUAGGCAAGUAUCUAGAUUAAAUUUUAAAAAGAUUGGUGCACUUCAAUCGUUCGAUGAAUUGCCUGACAAACCAAAUGGAGCAGCGAAAGGGGUCAACACUAAGGAGUUCUGUACCCAAACAUGAUACUCAAGUAUGAGAUUGCGUUCUCAGCUUCAUUGAAGGUCAAAGGUCACAAUGUACUACACUAAAAAAAGGUCACAAUGUACUCUGUGAGAUUUUCAACAUCUUCUUUCUCCUGCUUUUUCUCAACUCUGUGAGAAAAAUCUUUGUACCCAAACAUGACACUAAAGUACGACAUUCAUUUCUCAGCUUCAUGGAGGAUCGAAAUAUGCACAAAUAAUCCAAGAAAGUGCAAUCAAUAGUGAAUGCCGUUGUUUGAGAAAUGAGUUCGAAAACCACAUCAUGGUUACACUUUGAGCUCAAUCUCACCACAGAAAGUAAGCCGGGUGGAGCGUCGUCUUCCUACCAAAUCCUCAUCGUCUUACACGCCAGUAUUCCUUUUUUGUGCUCCACCUUGGACGUUUCCCGUGGGUUUGAUGAAUCUCAUAAACUUAGAUUUAUUGUACAAAUCAGAUUGUUGAGUGUGAAUUAUUUGUGGAUACAUGCAACAGACAAGAAGACAGGGAGGCGGCUGCAUAUGGUUUCACAUAUCUAAGUUCCAGGAGCACAUAUGCAGUAUUUGGCAGCUUUUUCGCUCACUUUUAAUAUUCAAGACAUCUUUUCUGGUUUAAAUACCCAAGGGUAGCAGCAGGCAGCAAAGGGAGUAUAGGAUGGAACCGCAAAAUGAACUCAAAAAUCAUGCCAUACUUACGAUACGGAAGAUGAGAAUUUGGAAGCAAGGUUGUUCCAUUGAGAGGUCGGAGCAUAUUGGCUAUACAAAGAAUUAAGGUUGGUGAAUUUAAUUCGCUUAUUGAUUGAAUAAUUGAUUUGGUAGAGGCUUCUAUGCUUUAGUGACUGAAUGAUGAAACACCUUCCCCUGUGCAAAUUUAUUAGCAAAUUUAUUAACCUAGAUUUGAUAUUCCAAGAAAAUGCUCCAAAACUCUAAAACCUCAAGUUCAUAAUAGAAGAAGUAUAAUUCAAAAUGAGUUGCCUUAAAAAAUUUGGUCUACAUGAGAUUCUUUGUUAAUUACAUUUACCAAAGUGCUAAUAAAAAAGAGAAGAAGAUACACUUGAUUAGUGGUAAUUACGUGUGUAUUUUUAUUUUCAAAAGUGAAUUCUAGCUUUUAAAUGAAUUUACUCUCAUACUACCUCCAUCCCAGAGUAUUUGUCCACUUUCAUUUUACACACCAUCCAAUACACUCUUUUAAUCCAUUUUAUCUUGUAAUUUGUAUAUUAAAAAAUUAUAGCAAUUAUAUAUUAAUAAUCUAUAUGUUAAGACAAAUCAAACAAGAUCACCCAUGACUAUAUUUAGGCUUACACAUUGAGAGAAUUUGAUGAGUCAAAGUGCUUAGAUGAAUAGUUCCAAAAAUCAAAACUGGACGAAUAC